AUGCCAUCAAUCUAUACAUCAGACAUCGAGAAUGUUACACAAUUUAAUAAUCAAAGCAGUUUAUUAAUUCAUGCUCAUUUGAAUAAUGAUUCUAAAAUAGCAAUACAUCCUCAAACCAUGACACUAUCGCAAUACAAAAUGUUGACAACGGUGAUAUCAGAACCAUCAAGUAAUCGUCUAAGUGGUGUAGCAAUCGCUUUUAUAGUUUUGGGUGUUAUAAUCUUUUGUGGAGGAUUAUUUGCUUUGAUGUUCUAUAUUUAUCGACAGUGGAAACGUGGUAAACUACCACCAUCAGCUACUCCCAAGCCACCAGUUCCACCAGCUAAUCCGAUAAAACCUCCAGCUAAACCAUUUGCUCCUCCUCCUCCACCUCGUCUUCCUCCUGUUGCUGUAACGCCAUUGUUUCAAUGUAGAAAACCGCUCUGCAAAGAAUAUCUUGCACGAUUUAAUCUUCAUAAAAGCUAUUUUGCAGAACAGUACGACAAAUGUUUUUGUAUGAAAUGUCAUAAUCCUUCAGAUUUAAAGGGAAAAUGUGGAAAUUGGUGUAUAGAAUUGCAUGGUUGGACUCGUUUUGGUCUAGAUGUGAAUAAAGCGUACAAGAAAGAAUGGAAUCUUUUUCAAACAAGCUAUUAUGGAACAUCAUCGAAUCUAUUGUCAUUUAUUUUAGCUAAUCGAUUUGUUCCAUUCGAUGGUGACAUGCGUCAUGACAAUACAAAAUUCAUUAGUGGACAUCCCAAACCGUCAUUUUGUGAGACUUCUCCAUCGCUCAAAUGCGCCAGUCAACGAAAGUUUAGCACUCGUUCCAGUUUUAUAGCGUCGGAUGGAAAUAACUAUUAUGUUACAGUCGUAUUGCUAUGCAAACAAAAGCCGAAUACAUUUGAUGUUAAUGGGGAUGUAAACGCUUCUAAAGAGAUUGAAUGGAUAACAAAAACACGAUGUAGCGUAGUACCAUUUGGGCUACUUGUAAAAUUACAGAAAAUAUAA